AUGAAAAUUACUUCCCUCUCUAGUGAUUUAUUUAUUUACUUCUCUGGUAGUUCAGCUGAUAAACAAUCUGCCUGCGAUGAAAGACACUGUGGUUCAAUUCCUGGGUCGGGAAGAUCCGCUGGAGAAGGGACGGGCUACCCACUCCAGUAUUCUUGGGUUUCCCUGCUGGCUCAGACAGUAAAGAAUCUGCCUGCAAUGUGGGAGACCUGGAUUAGAUCCCUAGGUUGGGAAGAUCCUCUGGAGAAGGAAACGGCUACACACUUCAGUAUUGUGGCCUGGAGAAUUCCAUGGACGACAGUCCUUGGGGUCACAGAGUCUGACACGACAGAGCGACAUCCACUUUCAGUUCUUUUAGUAAUUUUAUAG